AUGUGCUUGUUUUCCUGCAGCCACCACCACCCCGAUGUCGUAGCCCAGAACGCCCUCCUCCUGGCCCACCGCCUGGCACUGAUCGAGGCGCUGGAGGGCCCCGCUGCGUCCGCGCACGCCGCACAGGCGGCGGGUCUGCCCUUUCGGGCGCAGGCAGCGUCACCAAAUGAGCGCGACGGCGGCGGCGGCCGGGACGCAAGCGCGGCUGCGGCGCAGGAAGAGGGGCUGGAUCAGCUGGUGGCGCGCGCCAAGGCGGCGAGGCUCGCCCAGCUGCUGCACCAGGGCAGCCAGCGCGGCGGCGCCCCGGCAGCUCAGGCCGGCGCCGCCAGCCGGCGGCUGGCCGCUGCGCCGGCGGCGGCUGCGGCGCCGAUCCGCAUCCGGCCCGUGUUCCAGCUCGACGGCGUCCCCCCAAAGCCUGCCGCGCGGAUAACGAACGAGAUCAUCCCCACCGCCAUCGCGGCCAUCCGCAAGUUUGUGCGCGUCAAGGCGAAGGGCGCGGCGCCGCAGGAGGCGCCGCGGCCGUUUGACGGGCGGCAGAGCUGCCUGGCGUCGAUCCCGGGCGCAGCCCCAGACCCGGCCAAGGCCGCAGAGGGCUCGCACCCUGUGCGCACGACUGGCUAG